UGGUCAGUCCUGAAUCUUCUAAUAGGGAACAGAUGAAAGAGGGUGGAAGGGGCGGAGCCCAUGAUUAAACAGACCGUUUCUUUUCACUUCCCCAUUCGGACUCCAGAAUUUAUCAGUUCUCUGGGUACAAGCAGCCAAGCCUGGAGAGAAGCCGGUGCCUGCAGCUGACUGCCCUUCAGGGAUGAUGCGAAUUUCACCCAUCUUACCUCUCCCCACGGAGAGCAACUGGACGGCCCAUGUGCUCUCACGGACUUUGUGCCAUAUGCUCCUGUGGACAGCUGUGUUAAAUCUUGUCGCUGGGACACAUGCGGAUCUUCCCAAGGCUGUGGUGAAACUUGAGCCCCCGUGGAUCCAGGUGCUCAAGGAUGACAGUGUGACACUGAAGUGCGAAGGGACCCACAACCCUAGGAACUACUCUACCCAGUGGCUCCACAAUGAGAGAUCCAUCCCGGGCCAGGUCCUGCCCAACUACACAUUUAAGGCCACAGUCAACGACAGUGGAGAAUACCGGUGCCGAAUGGGGCAGACUAGCCUCAGUGACCCUGUACAUCUGGGAGUGAUUUCCGACUGGCUGGUGCUCCAGACCACUAAACUGAUGUUUGAGGAAGGUGAAACCAUCAUGUUAAGGUGCCAUAGCUGGAUGAACAAACGCCUGAACAAGAUCGUGUUCUACCAGAAUGAAAAGGCUGUGAAAUUUCAUCAUUUCGAAGAUACCUUCUCCAUCUCAAAUGCCAACCACAGUCACAGUGGUGACUACUACUGCAAAGCACAUCUAGGAAAGCCAGCAUACAAUUCCAAGCCUGUGACCAUCACUGUGCAAGGACCCAAAUCCAGCAGUUCUUUACCAAUAUUGACAAUUGUAGCUGCUGUCACAGGAAUUGCUGUAGCAGCCAUUGUUAUUAUCCUAGUAUCCUUGAUCUAUCUCAAGCGAAAACAGGCUCCAGCUCUCCCAGGAAACCCUGAUCACAGGGACAUGGGAGAAACCCUUUCCAAGGAAGUAGGUGAGUACAGCAUGCCCUCUGAGGGCACAGUGCCAGUGCCGGUCAGCCCAGGGCCUCCAAGUGGACUGGACCCAGGAAGAAGCAGCUCCUACAAUCCGGAUCAUGAAGAACCUGCCAAAAGUGAGGCUGAGAACUCCAUAACCUAUUCACUUCUCAAGCAUCCCGAAGCUCUGAAUGAAGAGGAGGAGCAUGAUUACCAGAACCGCAUCUAAUCUCUUUUGUCUUGGCUUGGGACUGGGAAAAGACGACCAGAGAGGCCAAGAUCUAGUGUCUCCUGAUCAAAGGGAUACUGUAGAUACUAAAGAGGAGGUCCAGAGUCACCUAUGUGAGUCCCGACACCAGCGGACCGUGGUUGACUGUCCCAACAACGUGCAUGCCUUACCAUCUCCCAGCUCAAGGCUCCUCUGCUAUAGAUCCACACAGCCAAUAAAAU